AUGGAUACGAACGGGCUUUCCAGUAACUGGAAGAAACUACAGGCCACACUCAAAAAAGGAAGCUCCUCGACCUCGACCUCGACCUUGUCACAGGCGAGGAAACGCAAAGCCUCGGACCACGACCCUGGACAUGGAAAAGUGAAGAAACAAAAGCCCGAGAAGGAACAUACGAAGACAAGAGAUACAGAGACACCAUAUAGACGGAAGAGGAUGUCUGACGGAGCUCAAAUUGUGGCGAAAACCGCCAACACAGACUUGACCAAGUCUGCUUUACGGAGGAAAUCCAGCGCCGGAGUCUCUGCGCAAACCGAGACAGGAUCGCGCAAUGGAAAAGUUAAUGAGGGUCGCUCUCCGACUGCCGAGAUAGGGAAAUACGUUGCCAUGGAUUGCGAGAUGGUAGGCGUCGGACCAAACCCAGACAACGACUCGGUACUUGCCCGAGUCAGUAUCGUCAACUUCAAUGGCGACCAAGUCUACGAUUCAUACGUGCGGCCCAAAGAAAUGGUGACAGACUGGAGGACGCACGUCAGCGGCAUUGCCCCCAAGCACAUGGUGGAGGCACGAACUCUCGAACAAGCCCAGAAAGAAGUUGCCGAAAUUAUGGACGGCCGCAUUCUCGUCGGUCACGCCGUGAGCAAUGAUCUCGACGCUUUACUUCUCGGUCACCCCAAACGGGACAUCAGAGACACCAGCAAACACCCGGAAUAUAGGAAGAUUGCCGGCGGCGGCUCACCGCGACUGAAGGUGCUUGCUGAGCACUUCCUCGGGCUUAAGAUUCAGGAAGGCGCACAUUCCAGUGUGGAAGAUGCGCGGGCGACGAUGGCUCUGUAUCGACGUGAGAAAGAUUCCUUUGAGCGUGAGCACCUGAAGAAGUGGCCGAUCAGGAAUGCCCCCGAACCUAAAGAAACGGGAGAUGCUCCGAAGAAAAAGAAUAAGAAGAAGAAGAAGAAGUCUGGCAAGAAAUGA